CGCCCAUGGCCGCGCAGGCGAAACCGGGAACGGCGACCAGCAGGGGUGGGGCGGUGUAGCGGCCGGCUGGUCAGGCUGCGUACAGUGCUGGGGCGCGGGGCGUACCCCCGUUAGGAGUCAUGCUCGGCAGGUCUGGGUACCGAGCGCUGCCCUUGGGGGACUUUGACCGUUUCCAGCAGUCGAGCUUAGGCUUCCUGGGCUCGCAGAAGGGUUGCUUGUCCCCGGAGCCGGGCGGCGUGGGGCCUGGGGCCGAUGCACCUCAGAGCUGGCCUUCCUGCCUCUGCCAUGGCCUCAUCAGUUUCCUGGGGUUCUUGCUGCUGCUGAUCACCUUCCCCAUUUCUGGUUGGUUUGCCCUGAAGAUCGUGCCCACCUAUGAGCGCAUGGUCGUGUUUCGACUGGGCCGGAUCCGCACCCCUCAAGGACCCGGUAUGGUUCUGCUCCUGCCCUUCAUUGACUCCUUUCAGAGGGUGGAUCUGAGGACACGAGCCUUCAGUGUCCCUCCUUGCAAGUUGGCCUCUAAGGAUGGGGCUGUGCUGUCUGUGGGGGCUGACGUCCAGUUCCGCAUCUGGGACCCGGUACUGUCGGUGAUGACAGUGAAGGACCUGAACACAGCCACACGCAUGACGGCCCAGAACGCCAUGACCAAGGCUCUGCUCAAGAGGCCUCUGCGGGAGAUCCAGAUGGAGAAGCCCAAGAUCAGCGACCAGCUCCUGCUGGAGAUCAACGACGUGACCAGGGCCUGGGGGCUGGAGGUGGACCGCGUGGAGCUGGCAGUGGAGGCCGUGCUCCAGCUGCCCCAGGACAGUCCAGCUGGGCCCAGCCUGGACAGCACCCUGCAGCAGCUGGCCCUCCACUUCCUGGGAGGAGGCAUGUCUUCAGUGGCAGGAGGUGCCCCACUCCCCGAGCCAGCAGAUACCUUGGAUAUGGUGAACGAGGUUGAGCCGUCUGCCCCUCAUGGUGGUGCCGGGUCCAGCCCCAAGCAGCCUGUGGCCGAGGGGCUGCUGAUGGCUCUGAAGCCCUUCCUGUCUGAGGCCCUGGUCAGCCAGGUCGGGGCCUGCUACCAGUUCAAUGUCGCCCUGCCCAGUGGCACCCAGAGCAUCUACUUCUUGGACCUCACUACAGGCCAAGUGGAGUCCAGCUCCCCAGCCAGGACAGCAAGUCGUUUAGUGAUGGCCACAGGCCAAUGUCUUCAAGACUGACAAAGAGAAACUGGGAGUGCGAGGUGAUCCUAGAAGGUGGCCAGUUUGGAGAGCCAGACAUGAACAACAAGCAUUAAGAAUAAGAAAGGACAUGGGUACCGCACGAGGGCCUGCUCAUCCGGAACGGAUUUUUACACCCAUGCUGAUCGGGAUACUGGGCUGGGAAGAACUGCAAACAGCCUCGAUUAUCCAAACUCAGCUUUGGCACCUUAAAAACCGAGUCUGCGACUCAGGCACAGAGGAUGAAGGUUUCACAGGGCAGCUUAUGUUGAUACCAGCUCCUCUGAUCACUGCCCCUUCGCCUAAAUAUACAUUAUUUUUUUAAAAAAGUCAUACAGUAUGUUAGAAGGCCACCGGUGCCUUGAGAGAGGGCCUGGCAUGUUUUGGAACAGCACGGAGGCCAGUGUGCCUGGAGUGGAGAGCGGGGGAGAGUGGGAGAUGAGGCUACAGGUGAAAAUGGGGCCAGUUCAUGUGGAGCCUUGUAGCCAUUGUAAGGACUCUGUGCAGUGGGAUGCUGCUGGAGAGUUCUAGGAGAGGAACUGACUGUACAAACAGACAAGGGCCAGACCACAUAUAAAAACAACUCUGAUCCUCAACCUGCAGCAACCUGCCAGGAAACCAACCCCUCAUAUGCAACAGUCAGCCCCGAAAGCCAGCCUGCCGGAAGUCAGACUCGCAGGAAGCCAGCCUGCUAUCUCGAGUGACGAUCCAGGAAGCAAAACAAUAACUUCCGUAACAAUCAGCCCCCAGUGGUCAGGACUUGAUUAAUAACUCACAGCUUCACUAAUUUUUGUCCCUGCUUCCAACUUGGGACCAACCAGAGAAAGCCAAAUAUGCAUCCCUAACCAAUCACAUAGGCUGCCCCCUUCUGGUCAGCCCGCCUCCAGCUCCCGGGGCUCGCA